GCCGUCAGUGACGUCAGUAUGUUCGCGCCUGAAACCGAAACUAAGGAGGCAAAACAGCUAUCGAGAUAGUACCGUAACAUAAAUUGGACAAUGGAUUACCUUUAUUUGGAUAAUAUUGAUGAAUUUGUCAACGACCAGAAUAAAAUCGUGACCUACAAAUGGCUGAGUCUCACUCUUGGGGUCCAUGUCAACCUAGCCAAACAAAUGCUAUAUCAUUACCUGGACCACAAGAGGAAAGAAAGCUCAGCUCCGCUCCAUGCUACCUACCUUGUGUCUGGCAAGUUUGUCGAGAAUGGUACCACGAGUCACAAGGUGUCAGUAGUGCAAGAGGAUCAGUUGGAGGAUGUGAAGUCGAAGCUGAGCCUGACCGUCAGUGUACACGUGUACAGUGUUCAGAAGGCUGUGCUGAAAGACAGUGGUCCCCUGUACGGUGCGGAUUAUGAUGCUGUGAAAGAGAACCUAAGGAACUGCAGCAGGUACAGUGCCAUUCGCUGUGCAGAUGCAGUACCCAUGUCCUCAGCAGAGGUGCAGCAGGCUCAUGAGAUUGCACAGGCCCCACCACCAGAGACGGAGCACACCAAAUCUGGCAUCAAUGGUCAUUCUAGUAUGUCCUCUAAACCCUCCUCCAAGCAGCCCAAAGGCAUUAUGGGAAUGUUUGCAAACAAGAAUGUCUCCAAGAAUCAAGAGUCUAGCAAAGAGAAAACAUUGGCGCAGAAAGAGGAUGCACCUGUGGUUGAGACCUCCAAAACUAAACCAGCUGCAAAGACACAUCCUAUGAGUAACUUCUUUGGGAAUCAAGCAACCAAAAAACUGGACAAAUCCAUCAAGGAAGAGGUAGAAGCAGCCCAGAUGUCCUCUUCAGUGGAUGAGAAACCCUCAAGCCCAGCCCCUAAAGCAGAGUCUCCUGUCAAGGAGGAACUACCAAAAGGUGCUGUAGUUGAGAAAGAUAUUAGAAGUAGUAAGACCAAGCGUCUUGAACAUUCCGAUAGUGAAGAGGAGAAGAAGAAGGAGAAGAAGCGACGGAGGAUAAAGAAGGCCCAGCCAGAGAGUAGUGAUGAUGACGUUAUACCAGAUUCUCCUCCACGGUUGCAAGAACAGAGGGACCCAUCACCAAGCCCUGUGAAUCAAGUAAAGAAAGAAGCUGUUGCUGUUUCUCAUUCAGAUGAGCGUUCAGAUUGUAAGUGGAGGAAGAGGAGACGCGUCUUGAAAUCGCGCACCUUUUUGGAUGACGAGGGAUGCAUUGUGACUGAGAAAGGCUAUGAGAGUGAAUCCUACUCUGAGACGGAGGACGACUUUAAGGCAAGUAAACCAGCCCAGAAGAAUCCAACCCCACCAAAACCAUCAACUGGCAAGAAACAGGAGGAGAAGAGAAGUAAGAAAGUUGCUGCAGCUGCUAAUAAAUCAACUAAGCAGGCUUCUAUUAUGGGAUUCUUCCAAAAGAAAUGACAGAAGCCAUACUCUCAUUGUACUGAGCACUGAGAAGAUUAACAUCCAUUUUGAGGGACUUGAGGGCCAGAUGGAGAGAAUUUAGACUGACGCACAUUAUCAAAUGCUCCGGAGGAUGGAUGUAGUUACUUCGCUGGCAACAUUUGGAAGAAUGCUGUAAUCUACUAUUCUGCAAGUGUUGAAGGGUUCAUACUGUGGGGAACCAGAACAGAUUCUGAACAGCUGCAGUGUGGCAUGCUCUUACCUGCCUCUUUCACUAGUGCUUUUCCUUUGGUCUUGUGAAAAAAGUCUGUCAGAAUAUUAUUAUUUUUUAUGGUAGAAAAUUAACUUGAAUGUUUAAUCUGCAUAUUCAUUAAAGAUACAGUAUUUUCAUAUA